CGUUGGAUAAUUGUAUACCUAACGACCCCAGGAAAACGGGCCAAGUCCAGAUGAUUCUUUUUUUCACGUGAUUGUGACACCGGAUCCGAAGGUGGACGGACCCACACUCGCUUCGCCCGCCGACUCGCAUUAAAUCCAGGUCACUCAAUCCAACCCUCCGGCGCGCGCAAUUACGUCGAAUCGCAUUCCAUCCGGGGCUUGUCAUCAAGCAUUGCCCAAACAUACUCACAUCAUAUCACAAUGGCGACCAACCAACCUCCAGAAAUCCCGGCGGAGCAGCCUCCUGCGGCAUCGCAGACGGCUGGCGAGCAGCAGCCCGAAGAGGAACAGCCAGCGCCUCUGCCCGAACCCAAGGCCGUGACGCGCAAGGACAUACCACUGAAGGAUUUCCUGGCCAAGAUGGACGACUAUGCACCAAUUAUCCCCGACGCCGUGACAAACUACUACAUGACGCGAGCGGGCCUCCCGCCGCCGCCGCAAACGGACCAGCGCCUCGCGCGGCUCCUGGCUCUGGCGACGCAAAAGUUCAUCGCCGACAUCGCGGCCGACGCCUACCAGUACAGCCGCAUCCGUGCCUCCAACUCGUCGGCCAGCAACAACCCCAUGGGCCACCUCGGCGCCGCCGCCGGCUUCCCCGUCCCCGGCCAGCCGGGAGGCGUCCAGGGCGGUGCCGGCGGUGCAGGUGGAGGAGGAGGCGCCGGUGGCAAGGAUGCCGGUCGCGGUCCGCCGCUCGGCGUGCAGAGGCCCGGCUACGGAGGCGGUGGUCAGGGCGGCGGCCAGAACAGGACCGUGCUGACCAUGGAGGACCUCGGCAUGGCUGUCGGCGAGUACGGCGUCAAUGUCAAGAGAAGCGAAUUUUACAGGUGAAUGUGGCAGAGCUGGGGGAACGACUCGAUGGGAGGCUUUCUUUAUUUGCUUGACAUUUCUUUUACUACUACAUACAUACGGCGUUCUGGGUCUAGGAGGGCUGGGGAUUUGGCGUUAUGAAUUUGGGUUCUUUACAGAUAUCAACAUGCAUAUCUUUUUCUUGUCUGAUCAGUCACCAAAAGGGUGCAUGUGCGGUCGUCCUUGAUACGUCCCCUUGCGCAGGGCCUGAUGAGCAUCACUCUCUGGAUAGGGAGAUACCUGGAAAAUAAAGGGAGCUGGCAUCAACCUCUCGUUUUCUUGCCGGACCACGAUGUCCAUAGGAUAUACAAUAAAAGUACAAGUAAUGAAGUCCAAUGCAAGAUUUCUAUACCGGGA